AUGGCAACUAUUGGCGAUGAAGACAGUGCAACUCAGAGCAGCCAUAGUUCUCCUUCCACACCCAGCAUCAGCAACCCAGGGACACCACGAUCAGAACUCACCCAGGAGGUUAGGGCCACACCGCCUCUUCCUCAACCAUCUAUCUCAUCCUCAGUCCAGCGCACAAUCCCAGGGCAGCUGCAGGCACAGCAAGCACAAGUAUUGGUUCCCCAGGCUCACAUUCAACAGCAACAGCAGCCAUUGCAUCAGCUGCCACAUCAGCCACAAAGCAAAUACAGCUCAUUACUGGCAGUGAUAGAAGACAUGGGCCGUGAUAUUCGCCCCACAUAUGCUGGAAACAGAACCUCUUCGGAAAGACUAAAACGCAGCAUUGUGCAUGCUAGAAUUCUUGUUCGAGAAUGCUUAAUGGAAUGUGAACGAAGCGCAAGAACAUAA